AUGUCCUUUCUUCGACGCCGUCAAGGUGGCCGCCGACAAGACACCGAUGACCGUUGGCGGUCUUUCUCAGUUCCCUCCGAAGUAUUCACAGGUGGCUUCCCUGAUGAGUUUACUCAUACGCGUUUCAACGAGUAUGAACGAAUACCAGCGACCUCCGUUGCAUCGCUGCCGACGCCCCUCACCGCCCAAAGCGAAGACUCCCCACCGUCUACUCCAAUCGACGGUCCGACUCCCACUACCGCUCCGGCUACUAUUCCAGCGAGACCCACAACAGUCCGGCCGACGUUGCGAGUGGUCACCACCACGAACGAGGAAGACGCACUAGAAACCGCUGAUACUGACAAUGAGCUGGUAACCGCGGAGCCAACCUCCCCUGCGGCAGCAACACCAACACCUCAAACGUCAAGGAGCCCCACAACACCACCUCCGCCGCCUCCCACCACGAACCCUUCGCGAUCCACACAAUUUGAUGCAGAACAGCUUGUCUCCACAUCUUCGCCAGAGCCUACCGGGGCCUUCACAUCGCAGCCAGCCGCUCUCGUACCACAGCCUACCACCCUCGUCACAACAACCCCAUCCACCUUGCCCGCCAGCCUUCCCAGCAACACCUUAAUCGACACAUCCGCCUCCAGCAGCCCCAUCCCCACCGCACUAGUAGGUCCCAACAUUCCCGGGGACGGCCCACCCGCCUUCGGAUCCCAAUCCGGUACCAUCCCACCGCACCCGUCGCGUCCCAACACCCUCGCCGCGGCCCUCCCGCCCAUAAUCGUCAUCCUCCUCCUCGGCGGCCUCUUGGCCCUCUACCUCCGCCGGCGACACCGCCGCCGCCGCCAACACCAACAACUCAGCACCCACCCGCUCUCCGAGAAGCUCGUCCCCGCUUACACCUACCCACUCGCGGACUCCGGCGCCUCGACGCCCGUCAUCGGCACCGCGGUCGCAGUGCCCUACUUCCACGCCCACGCCCGCGCUACCACACCGCGCUUCUCUGCCCCCACACCCGCGGUACACGUGCAGUCGCCCUCGCUCGCGAGCCUACACCCGACCCCGCCGGCACCCGUCAUCAUCGCGCCGCUGAGCCGGAGCAACGCGGCAUACUAUUCCGGCAUUGACACGUCGGACGCUGUAUCCGUAACGCCGUCCGGCCGGGCGAUCAGCGCGUACAACCGCUGCUCGAGCGAGGCGGGACACGAGGAGCCGCCGCCACCGUACCGGCCGCGCAGCGUGCCGAGUAUUUCGGAGAGCAGGAACUCGAGUCUGCGCUUGCCGGAGGGGCUGCGGGCGAUGCUGGUUAUGGAGAGGGGCAGGCAGGGGCAGGAGAGGGAGCAUGAGAGGGGGCGAACGGCGGAAGCGGGGGACAGAAGGGGAGAGCGGAAUCCGUUUGAGGACCCGGAUGCGGAUGAGGGCGGUGUGAGCGAUGCGGAGGAUGGAGGCGUGGUGGAUGGGAUGGGCUCGAGGGACAUGGAGGAGAUGAGCGAGGUGUCGGAGCUGAGCUAUCAGAGUGAGGGGGAGGAGGCGGUGCCAAGGAUGGGUGUCUAA